AUGGCAGAUGUUGCUGACGAUGAUGAUAUCGACCUCGAGACCCUACAGGCUCAAGUCGACGUCUCCAUGGCAUAUACAGAAAACUUGGUCUCAUCGUGGAUGAAAUCGUCUGAAGGGGAGCUUCCUUCCUCUGGACCUCGUCGAAAUGAAGAGAAGGAACUCGAGGAAUAUAUGCGCAGACCCCCUAGACUUGGUGUAGGAGCAGCAGUCCCCGAGUCGACAUCCUUGCUCAGUCGAGACACUGCUCGCCUCAAAAACAAGCUAGCGGCAAGUUCUGGAAAAAAGCGCCUCCGAGACGACGCACAGCAUGCAGUAGUCGUUUUGUCCGACGACGAGGACGAGAGUAGGGCCAGUAUCAUCAAGAAAAAAGCUAGAGUAGACCCAUUUGAGAAAAAGGGUAAACGGAAGAAGGCGCAAAAAGACCAGCCCAAUGCUCCUUCCACUUCCACGACUUCUCAUGGUCCCGUCCCUACUCUGGACAAGCAAAAGUCUUACCUCGGAGCUGUGUCUAUCGGCGAUAGCUCCUCCGAGAGUACGCUCAGUGGGACACACAUCACCCUUCUAUCAGACGCGCCGGCACGCAAGUCGAAGAAGAGAAAGAGGAAACAUCGUGAUGAAACUGCCGCUAUUGAUCUCACGGGCUCUCCUGCCGCGCAAACCUCUGAAUUGCCAUUGCCAGCUGCACCCACAGUGCUUGCUCACGACGAGGGCCAGCGAGUGGCUUCAGCUUCGCAUCAAAUCAGGGUGCAUAACCAGUUGCGCGUGGACUCCACUAACAAGGGGAGAUCACCAUCUGUCAUCAGUCUCUCUUCUGAGAAGUCAUCGAUCAUUAUGAAACACUCUCUGUUCACUGAAUCUGGCCCGUCUGUGUCCGGCUCGCGGGCGAAUCCAUACCCACGCGUUCCGCUGCUCAAUCUCCAUGGGCCUCCAGGAGAGACAGAAGCUGUGGAGGCCUCGAGCAAGAAGCGCAGGAGGAAGAAAAAGAAGAAAAAGCCACUUUUGGAGGCAACGCCGGUGGAAGUCUUGUCCGAUAAUUGA